AUGCUAUCAUUUGAAAUCAUUUUCUGUGUACAAGGUGCAGAGACUGUACGAGAACUACUGGAUGUGGCAAAGCAGACAAUACCUUCAACCCACUGGCAUACUACCCCUGUGGUAUUAAAAGCCACAGCAGGACUGCGACUGCUUCCAGAGCAGAAAGCCCAAGCUUUGCUAUUAGAGGUCCAGGAACUAUUUGAGGAUUCUCCUUUUUUAGUACCAGAUGACUGUGUUAGUAUAAUGAAUGGCACAUAUGAAGGAAUUUUAGCCUGGAUCACAAUAAACUUCUUGACUGGCCACUUGUACGGUGCAAGUGAAAACACUGUAGGAAUCCUGGACUUGGGAGGUGCUUCCACUCAGAUUACUUUUCUCCCUCAGGCAGAGAGGACACUUGAUGCUGCACCUAAAGAUUAUAUCAGUUCCUUUGAAAUGUUUAACAGUUUCUACAAACUGUACACCCACAGUUAUUUAGGUUUUGGACUGAAAGUAGCAAGAUUGGCUGUACUAGGAGCAUUGGAUGCAAAAGAUGUUGACAACAGAAGAUUUACGAGUUCAUGUUUACCACAGUCUUUGAAGGCUGAAUGGAAAUUUGGUGGAAUUAACUAUAAAUUUGGAGGAAUGAAAGAAAUUCCUUCUGGCUUCCAAUCCUGCUACACUGAAAUUAUGAAGGUGAUACAAAAGAAACUUGAUCAGCAAGAUGAAAUCAAAAGGAGGACAUUCUAUGCAUUUUCAUAUUACUAUGAUCGAGCUGUAGAUGCAGGUAUUAUUGAUGUUGAGAAGGGUGGCAUUAUACGUGUGAAGGAUUUUGAAAUGAAGGCAAUAGAAGUGUGUGAAAACUUCAGUAAAGCAACCAAAGGUAGUCCCUUUCUAUGCAUGGAUCUGACAUACAUUACUGCCUUACUCAAGGAAGGUUUUGGAUUCCAUGAUAACACAGAACUACAGCUGACCAAGAAAGUAAAUAAUAUUGAAACUAGCUGGGCACUAGGAGCAGCAUUCCACCUCAUCCAGUCACUGAGGAGCACUGCACGAAUUGUAAAGCAAAUCUAAUGAGAC